UCAGUGUCAAAAGCCUUUGAUAAAUGACUGUUCAUAAAAUUUGAUGGAAAAGGAGCAUUUAUAAAGGCUGUCCGAAAAAUUGCAUGGAAAUGAACAUCAGAUUUUAUUCGCAAUGAAUAACUCGGUGUUGUGGCAUAACAGAUAUAUAGGUGGAAAGACGCCUCUGCAAAGGUCAAGUGAUAGACGCCGGCAACAUACGAUUCCAACGACUAUCGCUUCUCCGCGCGUUAAUUUAUCUAGGCUGGAGCAUAGAGAUUUCGAACGAUUGAGGUUGUCUUACAAGGUGGCAGGCAUCGAUCAAAGAAGAAAUCGCAGUUGUCGUGUUAUGAACAUGGGUCAAAAAAUUAGCGGCAGUGUAAAGACUGUAAACAGAAAUGAUUCUCAAACGCCAUUUAAGCCAAUAAUUCCUAGAGAAUUAGCAGUUGACUUUGUUAAUCCAGCUCGGAUAGAUAUACUGUUAGACAUGCCUCCUGUUAGCAAAGAAGUGCAAUUAAGACAUUCUUGGAAUUCUGAAGACAGAUCACUAAAUAUAUUUGUUAAGGAGGAAGACAAGCUUACCUUUCAUAGGCACCCAGUAGCCCAAAGCACUGAUUGUAUACGGGGAAAGAUCGGUAUGACUAAAGGCCUACAUAUAUGGGAGAUCUACUGGCCUACAAGACAAAGGGGUACUCACGCUGUCGUUGGCGUCGCAACAUCAGAAGCGCCUCUACAUUCCGUAGGGUAUCAAAGUUUGGUUGGUUCAACGGAUCAAAGUUGGGGAUGGGACUUAGGAAGAAACAAACUAUACCACGACUCGAAGAAUUGUGCGGGUGUUACAUAUCCGAAAAUUUUAAAAAACGACGAAGCUUUUUUGGUUCCUGACAAGUUUCUGGUUGCUCUUGAUAUGGAUGAGGGAACCUUAAGUUUUAUUAUUGAUCAUCAAUAUCUUGGAGUCGCAUUUAAAGGAUUGAAGGGCAAGAAGCUAUAUCCUGUUGUAUCGGCCGUAUGGGGACAUUGCGAAGUUACAAUACGUUACCUCGGAGGUCUUGAUCCGGAACCUCUACCAUUAAUGGAUUUAUGUAGAAGAAUAAUUCGACAAGAACUUGGCCGAGUUCAGUUAGACGAACGAGUUCAACAACUUCACCUCCCCCAUUCUAUGAAGACAUAUUUGUUGUAUCAAAAUCGCAGAUAAUACUUUUAUUUAUAUUUUUAAAAACAAAACUUUUACCUAAGGACUUAUAUACUUAUAAUUAAAUACUCAACUUCUUAUUCUUUGGUGUAAUAUAAAAAAGUUUAGAUGUAAGUAAUAAAUAUUUAGUUGUGUAAA